AUGGCCUACAAAGUUAAGGCACGGUUCCUAGAGAACCACGCUUUCGGACGAGAAGAAAUUCUCAACGUUCUCAAAGCCACCACCAACACAGUACCAGACGACAUCCAGCAGGACGACGAAGGUAUCGUCCUCUCUUACUCGACCGGAGACGACCUGGAACACCUGUUCACACCUGCUGCUACAUCUGCACUCUACGAUGCGGAUAUUACCCUCAUCCAACCACGACGCUUUCAAGCUGAACGAACCAUCUUUGCCAGGAGAGUAAGCUCAUGGAUCACCGAGCACGAGGUGGACGUUAUCCUGAACAGUAUCAACAGGGAAAACGAAAACAUGACAGCUGUCUCAGCAAAAAUCAUCGCCAACAACAACGACACUCGCUCCACCUUGAAAGUGACCUUCACUACAGCUGCCGCAGCGGACCAGGCCACCACCACAGGAUUUAGGUGCUUAGGCAUCAAUACUCCACCAGCUUCAGUGCACAAGGAACGUUUUUACGAGGUAAGCCAGUGCUACAAGUGCUACCAGUACUCACACGUGACCAGGAAGUGCCCCCAAAGUGUAAACAAGUGUAGUGUCUGUGCCAAGGACCACCAUUAUAAACAGUGUCGCGCCGAUAUCACGUGUUGUGUAGUGUGCGGUGGUGACCAUAUUGCUAUUUCUCAUUUGUGUCCUGUGCGACAGGAAGAAAUUAAGAAGCUCUUGACAGCUGGACGGGCUUCCGCAACUGCUCGUGCUCAGUCACCAUUCAACAUGCAAGCCGCCAUUUUCCCGGAGCUCCCGGGGGAAGGAGUAGCCGCCCACCAACGUACCAACCAAUGGGGACCCGGCAUGCAGUCCGGCAGCCAACCAGCUGCCCAAUCACAGACCCAGCCUCCACCUCCACCACCAGGCUCCUCCCAUUCGUCGACUCAGACUUCGCCACGGCAGUUGCCGGUUACUGUCACCGACCUUAGCACUGCACAUGCUCUCACGAAACUAGUGAGCGACAUUACUGGUUCCAACUACCGAGAAUUUGUGAGGAUUCUAAAUAUCGUCUACAAGGCUAACGGACUCCAGACCAUCAUCGUACCUGACGAAGUCUUCCCCACCUCUGCCUCAGCUUCCACUUCAGUAACUGAGCCGGAAAUCACUGUCAACGCUGCCGCACUUGUUGACCUACUGUCUGCCACUGUUCCACCCACCACUCCAGUUGCUGCUGACCCUACACCAGACCCAGUAGAGGCUGUUAGUCUCUCCACACAAGACAACGACCCUCCUGCUCCUGUUUAUGCGUCUUACAAUUGCCCUAGAGACCUGAAAUUUAAUAUUUCUCAGAAACGUGUCACAGCUCGGGAGUGGAACAUCGACUACGAAAACGGACUGAACGAUGACGGAACCCGCAGAGAGUUUUGGUACGUUGAGGCUGACACAGUUCGUUACUGCACUGAUGUUACCAUACUCCACCCUGCCAUUAUUGACCCUCAAUACUACGUGAAAUAUCCGAAACACGCCGCUAUGAUAAAGAAAGAAAUUCAAGAACGAACGGGCAAUGAACCUUCAACCCAGCAGAGUCAACCAACACCUCUUCAUACCAAACCUUCAGGGACCACUGUGCUAGUCCCCGACCCUUCAAACCCAUUGUCGGAUGAUGCUCCAGCUCCUGGUCCAGCCUCGGACAUUGCUGUGAACGAUACUGAACCUACUGCAGCUGCAACAUCUGCUCCUGGCAUGGUAGCAACCCAGAAGCCGACGACUUCUCAUCCACCAUCUCCUGUUACAUCUCCACCCACAGUACAUACAUCCACUGAACCUUCUACAUCUGCAGUAAGUCCUACCGCUGCUACCAAACCAUCAGGAACACUACUUCCAAGACCCACAUCUCCUGGGAUGUACUCAUCUGACUCAUCAGAUGAGGAUGUCUCUGUGGGAACGACAUCUCCACCUUCACAGAAAUACAACUAUUCAUCUGCCGAUUUUCUUUAUGACGCUAUUGAUCCCACAGCAUUGUCAACACGAAGUCGGACCGCCAAGAAAAACAAGCCGAAAACAAAGACCAAAGAUCAGACCUUGCUCCCACCAUCAAGAAAGAAGUAA